AUGCAGCAGAACCAAGAGAAACUAGACACGAUAUUCAAUGCCCUCACCCAAGACAAUCUCGACAAGCCUCAACAGAGCUUGGAGGAAUUCUUGAAGGAGCCUGGUAUUUCUCAGAAAACUGUUUUUGUGUCUCUUUUAUUGCCGAAAGUUGCCGGUGAUCAGUUGAUCGAUGAAUCCAGCCUUUACCGAAACACAAAUGAAAGCAAGUAA